AUGUCAUCGACCUGCGUCGUGUCCAAAGGAUUCACACUGUCCAACGUACUGCAGAGUAUUCUACGUGCUGAAAUCGCCCCCUACUUGCAAGUCCGACCGAGGUCUCUUGCUACACAGAGCAGCCGCUUCCCUUCCUACACGCGAUGUUCCCAGAUUAAAAGUCCCUACCAUAGAAGAUUUUUCUCCUCCCCUGCGUCCUACGACUCGUCGAUCCAGCCAUCCGUCUCCGAGGCCUCUCGCAAUACCGAGCCUGAGAAGCCGAGGGACACCUCUACAGAUGCGGCACAGGAUAAUGUGGUAGAAGGGGCUAAGUCUGGUAUCGAGGAAUCAAAAUCGACACCUACAAAAGCGGCCUCCAAGUCGGAGAAAAAGGCAACGCGCGAGAAAGGGAAGUCUCAGAAGGCAGAAAAUGCAAAUGAAGACUCCGCGGCGAAACGUACGCAACAAGAAACGAAGAAGAAAAAGAAGGAGCCAUGGCAGCUCCAUAAAGAGGCCAUGAAGAGGAAGUUCCCAGAAGGCUGGAAUCCACCCAAGAAGCUGUCCCCCGACGCUAUCGAUGGGAUCCGUCAGCUACACGCCAGCGCUCCUGAUAAGUUUACCACACCUGUCCUCGCGGAAGAGUUCAAGGUAUCGCCAGAAGCCAUCCGACGGAUCUUGAAGAGCAAGUGGCGGCCGUCAGAAGAGGAGAUGGAGGACCGCCGCAGGCGAUGGCGCAGGCGACACGAGAGGAUUUGGAGUCAGAUGGUCGAGCUCGGCCUCAGGCCGAGGCGGAAGAGCGCUGAGCCAUUCUCGGAUGCUCGCAUUUUGGACGAAGAUUAG